AUGAAAAGAAAGGCAAAUUUGUCUGAAGAUGUGGACGCUGGUGUGUUACCAGAUAAGAGAAAGGUGAGGCGAGCAACCGCUCAAAGUGGCAAGAACGCGGAUGGGUCCUCCGAGGUUAAUGCGGAAGUUGAUGGAUCACUAAAUUUGAGUCCGUCUGAACCAACUCCCAACUCAUGCUCACGAGAUGACGCAAUGCGAAGCCAAUUAAAACAUGACGAGGAAACUCUUGUUGAGCUAAGUCUUGCGUCAUUACCUGAAGGUGAUAACCAGGAGCAAAGUAUUGAAACAACAGAUUCAGAACCAAGGAACGAGUCUGAAGAACUUGUUUCGAAGGGAGCUCAACGCCAGGAGAUUAGCGAGGAAGAAGAGGCAGCAGGGCUGGACCAAGAAUUGCAAGAUCCAGUUAUUCUUGGCAAACCAGUCAACUUGGAACGUAAGGAGGGAUCAACAUCAUCGCUACCGAGUCCAUCUCGAAGCGUGCAGUAA